AUGGAAAACAGUGAGAAAGAAGAUGAGAAAGAUAAUAAGAAUCAGUUGUCCACCAGCAUGAGCCGCACGAUGUCGACUGCUGAUGACGAACGUCAGUGGCAUCGCCGAACCUUUGUCUAUGACUUGAAAUCAUCUAUCAAUCACAAGGAAUCGGAGACCCCAAAUGAUGUGACUGAAGUUACUGUCGAUUCAUCGGUACAUGCCAUUGGUGACAGCGCCUUUUUCUAUUGGUCCAUGUUGGUGCACGUGGAAUUCUCUGAAAGAACAACGAGACUUCACACGAUCUCAUCAUCCGCCUUUCAGUAUUGUACAAGCCUGCAAUUUGUAUCGAUUCCAUCUUCAGUGAUCACUAUUGGCCCUUUAGCCUUUUCCGGAUGCACUUCAUUAGUGAAAGUCGAAUGGUUGACGCCUUAUUGUUCUUAUUUCAAAAAAGAAGAAGAAGACGAAAAAGAAGUUUCCGCCGCAUCAAUAAUAAGUGACCAUCAUUCUUCCACCACCACCAACAUGCUGAAGAUAAUUGGAGGCUAUGCGUUUGCUGGCUGUGUAUCGCUACUCAACCUGGUCGUUCCAAACCAAGUCACAAAACUAAGUCAAGGUGUCUUCCAAGGUUGUACAUCUCUGGCUUUUGUCGAUCUUCGGCAUGCUGCUGGUCUGAAAAGUAUUGGAUCCUGUUGCAUGGAAAACUGUUCUUCCUUGCAAUCCAUAUCUAUCCCAUCUACCGUGACGACUAUCGGUAAUUCGGCAUUUGCGGGUUGUCACUCCUUGCAAGAGUUGGAACUAUACGAAGGACUAAGGACGAUUGGAAGAAAGUCUUUUGCUGAUUGCCAGUCUUUGGCGACGGUUUGCUUUCCACUGUCACUGAAUGAUAUUGGAAGAGAAGCCUUUUUUGGCUGUACCGGUCUACUUGGAGUUAGGAUACCAGCCAAUUCCAAAGUAUCAUUGGAAAAGUAUUGCUUUGGUGAAUGUUCUUCCUUGGUGACAGUAUGCAUACCUACUUCUGUGGCAUAUUUGCCAUAUGAUUGCUUUUCGCAUUGCCAAGCAAUGAUGAUGAAGCAUACAAGUAGUACCGUCAUUAAAGAGCCUGAUGUCGAGGAGUUAAUGUCCUUGCAUUCAUUGUUGCGAAACCGAUAUGAUGGUUUACCAGCUCACCAAGUAUGCUAUUAUUAUGGUUCGACGGCGUCUACUACUGUGGAGAAUAUGGAAUUGACAAGAAUAAUCAUUCAAGAAGACGAGGAAGAAGAAGAACGUGUAAAUCACUGGAAAGAAGAAGAUGUCUUUGGCAUGACACCGUUGCACAUUCUUGCGACUUGUGGUUAUUCCUCCUUGAUGGUUGGAACCAGGACGGCCACGACUGAUUUAUUCGCGACAUUGCUCCAGCAAUAUCCGCUUGAUGUUAUAUGGCACAAAGAUACUACAUUGGGAAGAAACAGUAUAAUGGACUACUUGAUGCUUCCAUAUCGAUCGAGCAGGGUGAUUCCAUUGAUUCAGAUGGUAUUGCGUCGAGUCAUUGUGGACGAAAUGAAACAGUAUCACCGAUGGGGACUUGAGUGUUGGAUGGAUGAAAUGCUCUGCUUGAUAGAUUCGAUCGGCAUUACUCAUGAUGACCAUGAUGAUGAUGACGACAAUGACACCACGAGCCAUGAUUUUGCGAGAACUCAAGACUACCUGAAAUUGGUUAAUGAAGAACUGGCUGGAUAUCUCAAGCUGGAAGCCACAUCCAUUUUGGAGCUGGCGGUGUGGAAACUAAAGAUUCAGGAUAUUGAUAGUAAUGCUGCUGCUGAAACGGUAACGAAGGACGACGACGAGUCAAACAAUGAUGGCUAUCAUCAUUAUCGCGACCCAUUAUUACGAUCCAUUUCGGGCAUGGGCAUUCUGAUUCCCAAUGUGAUUGUAUUCCUUUUGAAUGAAACGACACCUGCUUCGGAUUUCACCUCUUGUAUAUUACCAUUUGACGCAGACGACCAUUGGCACGAUUAA